AUGGAGAAGAUGGGUGACAAACUUGCGCCACAUAGCAGGUACGUGCAGAGACUAAUGACUAGUUCCGAAAAAGUUGACAUGGACGAGUUUCGUAGGAUCGUCUUUUUGUCUGAUGAGCUCCCUAAAUUUGCGAAUGCGCUGACUUCAGAUUUGGACCUCUUCGUCAACAUCACCAGCGACGAAGUAGGCUUGAACCGCAUCAUGAGAAUUUUAGGAAUAUCAGACAACAUCAAUACCAUACUUUUCUACCCUAUCAUGAUGAGAUUUACGGAGAUUAUGACUCAUGAUCGCGGUCGCGGCCAAGAUCUGGCGUCAAGAAUCCUAAACGUUUGCAACAUACAUCACAAGAAACAAUUUUGCCAGAUCACGUACCGUCACGCGUUAGUCCUAGCGCCUGACGAGAACGGUUGCGCCAUACUCAAGCAAGUCAUAACAGAAGCUGAUGAGUUCUUCAAAGAUGAAUUCCUUCAACUAAUUACAGAGGAAGCUUACUCGCUAUGCAUGUAUGAUUUAGGGAUCUCCCUAAUCGAGCACGUGCUGAAGCUCGAUUUCACACUCAAAACCACACAAGACGACACGCUCUUGCACGAGCUAAUGGCCGAGUUUGAUGAGCUUCUCUCGACACCUGAUGAUGACCGGCUCCAUAAACUUGCCUCGAAGCUAACCUCAGACUCUGAUCUCUUUGUCGAGUUUGUCAAAACAAGACGAGGCUCGCUCAUGGCUCAGAUAAUCCUAGGAAAAUCAGAAGAAAUCGACACGGGUUUUCUGGCAGCGAUCAAGCAAAGGUUCACCGAUGUUACAACCGAUUUCUACGCUUAUCGCAUCAUGGUACGGGCCAUAUACGUUUUCAAGAAAAGAGGAAACCUGAAAGUGUGUAAUCAAAUCCUACGCCUAGUCGGAGUCCACGCUCUCUACCUAACAAAAGACCCUCAUCUGGGAAGCGCCAUGGUAGAAGAGGCGGUUGAUCUCCAUAACUUGGAUUGCACGGCAUUCAUCGCGAGUGGGCUUCAUUGUCACUAUAUUGAGAUUGCCAAGUGUGAUCAAGCUACGUUGGUGAGACUGGCCAAUGAUGAACACGGGAACAAAGUGUUGAAAAAGGCCAUGGAAGUUGCGAAAGAGCAUAGGGUUGAUUUCUUUGGUGACAUUGCUGAGAAGUUUAAGCCUUUUCUUGAUAACUUGCGUGGGUCUCUCGGAGAAAACAUUGCAGCUAUCAUCGACUCAGAAGAGACAGAGACGGUUAAGGAUCGGAUUGUUUCACAAGGAAAUGCUUGA